AUGGCCAGAAAGAAAAAGGGAUGGACUCCAAAGCUAGGAAAGUGGUCAAAAGAGGGUCUGAAAGAAGCGGUUCGCCAUGUAAAGAGUGGGGGCAUGUCUAAAUUAAAAGCAUCAAAGAUGUAUAAUAUACCAAGAACAACACUAAUUCGGAGACUGAAAACUAUGGAUCUGGAUUCACCAGCAACAAAACCCACAGUACUUUCUAUAAAGGAUGAAGAAGCUCUGGUCGGGCAUGUACUAAGAAUGGAGGAAAGAGGAUUUGGUUUAACCAUCACAGAUGUCCGAAAGCUAGCCUACGAGAUAGCCGUGAGGUCGGUGAGAAAGCAUUGUUUUAACAAUGAUAAGAAAAGUGCCGGUUAUGAUUGGUGGCAAGGGUUUAGAGAUCGACAUCCAUGUUUAUCUGUACGCAUACCAGAGGGUCUUAGCGCAGCACGAAGUUCAAUGCUGAAUCCAAAUGUCAUUUCAGCUUACUUUCAAAAGCUUGGAAGUUUCAUGGAUAAACUGAACAUUAAGGAAAAGCCCCAGCAAAUUUUUAAUGCGGAUGAGACUGGCUUGAGUACCGUACAUGAUCCAUCAAAGAUUGUCGGUAAAAGAGGCAAAAAGAGUGUGCAUUCCAAAACAAGCGGAGAACGCGGCGAAAAUGUAACCGCGUUAUGCUGUGUGAACGCAGAGGCAAGAGUUCUACCACCAAUGCUCAUCUUUAAGGGACAAAGAGUAAGCCAAGCAUUGAUGGGCAAUGCACCAGCAAACACAUUAUUUGCAUGCAGUAAGAGUUCAUUUAUUGAUUCAGAUUUAUUCAAUAAUUGGUUUCAAAAGCUGUUUAUACCUAAUCUUCCUCCCCAGAGACCUGUUCUGCUCAUACUGGAUGGACAUUCUUCACACAUAACAGUGGAUCUGUUGGAAACAGCCGUAUCUUAUCAGAUAGAAAUGUUCUGUCUUCCUCCCCAUACAACGCACUGGACACAGCCACUCGAUAGAAGCGUAUUUGGACCGCUGAAAAGGUCGUACAAUAUAUGCUGUGAGGCAUUUCUUAGGCAGAAUCCAGGAAGAAUAGUCACGCGCUACGAUUUUUGUGGCUUAUUCAAGCAAGCCUUUAAUGAAAAAAUGAAUCUAGUCAAUAUAUUCAGUGGGUUCAGAGCUACUGGGAUAUUUCCAUUUAAACCGAAUGCUAUCCCAAUAGAGGCAUAUGGACCAUCAAAGACGUCUGUGCUCGAUGUCGAGGUUGAAGCAUCAACAGAGAAUGGCAAUGAGGUUAGCAAUGAGCAGAACCAGUCACGAGUAACUACAACCGCCAAUGAAGAGCAACAUAUUAUGAAGAUUGAAUCAUUUGAAACCUUUCAAUUAUAA